UAGAAGCAGAAGAAAUUAGUAAGACUUCGACCAGGGUCUUCAUCUAAGUGGAACAACAAAUACAGAAGUCUAAGUGUAAAUUAAGAGGACAGAAGAAAACUGUUGAAAAAGGCAACAGCAUCUAAGUUUUCUGAAUACAGGAAUAACUAAAUUGUGGCAGCAUGGGAAAACUUUGAACACAGAUCCAGUUUGUUAUGAUGGCAGGACCUAGUGAUGACAAGUGCAGCAGCUCUGUGGUUUGCAGUGAUGACCCUCCACCUCUGAGUAUUACACUGAAGAAGACAAGAGAUCUGCCAAAGAAGAUGAAACUUUGGGGCAAGGACUAUCCUGCAGUUGAUAUUCUGCUCUUGACUGUGGAGGAUUGCGAGUUCUUGGCUUGUUAUCAUUACCUGAGAGAUUCCUUUAAAAGCUAUGAGAAAUCCAUUGGAUGUGUGUAUUUUGGAAAGAUGGGUGAAGAGGAAGGUGGGUCACUGAAAGUUGCCCUAGUGAGGUGUUCUAAAGAAUCUUCAGAUCCUGGAGGUUCUCAAACUGCAGCUAAAAGUGCUGUCACACUCCUGAGACCCAAGGCUACUUUUUUGGUUGGUUUCUGCCACAGUUUGAAUCCUAACAAAGCCCAGCUAGGAGAUGUGGUGAUAUCCUCAAAGCUUACAACAGAUUUCCACAAAACCCCAGUGAGUAGGGAUGUUGGUAACCUUGUUAGAAGUGCAGCUGAUGGAUGGGAGGCACCAUUAGAAAAUCCAGAAGCACGAGAAGUCAAAGUACAUUGUGAUGGAGAGAUUUUGAGUUGCUCUGAUCUGAUUGGUGCUGAACAGCAAUGUCAAUCACACCCUGGGGCAAUUGCAGUUGAUAUGGAAGGAAAAGGUGAGAAUUACUCUCAGGGUUACUCUUGCUUGGCAUCUGUGAUCACUGUGCUGAAAACUGUUUUGCCAUAA